UUAGCUCAACCCCAUUACUGAGUUGAAGAUAAUCGUUUCUCUGAUAACUUGAUAAUGUGUAAAUCAAGCAAAUUUUCAUACAAAUAACUCAGUGUGUUGUUCAUAUAGACUUUAAAGUAAUAUAUUUCUACAGUUGUUUAAUUUUUAUUAUAAAAUCGAAAUGUCUAGAUUAAUAACGCGAAUGCUUGUGAGUGAUACAAAAUAUAGUUUUCUCAAGCAACUAGGCCUUACAGCUGAGAAUGAUGGUGGAUUCGAUGGCAAAUGGAGCAGUUCAGGAAAGAUAAUAGAGUCUGUUUCUCCAGCAAAUGGGAAUCUAAUUGCAAAAGUAUAUGAAACAACACUUGAACAAACUUGUAAUACAAUUACUGAAGCAUAUAAAGCAUGGCCGGAUUGGGCAUCAAUGCCUAUACCUGCAAGAGGUGAAAUAGUUCGUCAAAUAGGCAAUGAACUAAGACUAAAUCGAAAAGCUUUAGGACAAUUAGUAUCUUUAGAAACAGGAAAAAUAUUAGCUGAGGGUAUUGGCGAAGUCCAAGAGUAUAUUGACAUUUGUGAUUAUGCAGUUGGGUUAUCAAGAACACUACCCGGAAGUAUUUUUCCAUCUGAAAGAAAAGACCAUACUCUUCUUGAAAAAUGGAAUCCUAUUGGUGUUAUUGGAAUAAUAUCAGCAUUUAAUUUUCCUUUAGCUGUUUUUGGAUGGAACAGUGCAAUUGCAAUGAUAUGUGGGGAUGCUAUGGUAUGGAAAGGUUCACCUACCACGCCAUUAGUGUCUAUUGCUACAACUAAGAUUAUAGCUAAUGUUUUACGACGUCAUGAAAUUCCUGGAGCAAUUGCGAGUUUGGUAACUGGUGGAAGUGACAUUGGAGAUGCUUUAGUGACAGAUAAACGUUUACCAUUAAUAUCUUUUACGGGAAGUACAAAAGUUGGUAAAGAGAUAGCUAUAAAAGUUCAAGAACGUUUUGGAAAAUGUAUAUUAGAACUUGGUGGUAAUAAUGCUCUGAUUGUUACAAAUGAUGCUGAUUUAGAUAUGGCUAUUAGAGCAGCUGUUUUUUCAUGUAUAGGAACAGCAGGGCAAAGAUGUACUUCUACAAGGAGAUUAAUAUUAUAUUCGAAAAUAAAAAAUGAAUUUUUAAAUAAACUUAAAACAGCAUUUAAAAAUAUUUUAGAAAGAAUCGGAGAUCCAUUGGAUGAAAAUACAUUAUACGGACCUCUACACAAUCAACAAGCAGUUGAUAAUUAUGAAAAAACUAUAAAAAAUGCUGUGGCAAGUGGUGGAGUAAUUGAAUUUGGCGGAAAAAAAAUUGAACGCCCGGGAUUUUAUGUUGAACCGACAAUUAUCUCUGGAUUAUCUAUAGAUGCUGAAGUUGUACAAAUGGAAACUUUUGCUCCGAUUGUAUAUAUUUUGGAAACAGAUUCGAUUAAACAUGCUAUUUUAUUGAAUAACAAUGUUAAAUAUGGUUUGAGCAGUUCAUUAUUUACAAAUAAUCUAUUUGAUAUAUUCCAGUGGAUUGGCCCCCAUGGUUCUGAUUGUGGAAUAGUUAAUGUUAACAUUGGAACAAGUGGAGCAGAAAUUGGAGGAGCAUUUGGAGGUGAAAAGGCAACAGGAGGUGGCCGUGAAAGUGGAAGUGAUGCAUGGAAAUCAUAUAUGCGUCGUUCUACUAUCACAAUCAACUACGGUAAAGAACUUCCUCUGUCACAAGGAAUCAAAUUUCAAUGAAUUUAUGAAUAUAUAUUUUUUUGAGUAAAACAGUUUAAUAUAAAAAUUAUUUUUAUAAUUUUCUCAUAAAUUUAUUGAGAACCUUAUAAAGUCGACUUCAACAUCAAUUGAAUUUUUUUUAUGAAAUUUAUACGCUCGUGGAAUAUCAUACUUCAACUCAGCAAUGACUGUUGGUUCUGUUUUGAGUUGAUAUCCUUUUUUUAUAACAUGCUCUCUUGUAGAAGUUUUAUGUAACGAAUAAACAGCUCGAUUGGCUAA